CCCAGGCCCAUGGUGCCAGCUCUGGGGCAGCAGUGCGGAGCAGCAGCUGGUACUGCCCGUGCUGCGCUAGGAGGGACAGUCCAUCGGCAGUAUUACUGUCCUGAACCUCCAGCACUCUGUAGCAGCAGCCACUCUUAACGGGAAUUUUAGGGAAUACGCUGGCUGAUGCCUAUUUUGCAGCUCAAUCAGCGUUUGUUCACAUCUCGUCCAAGCCAGGAAGUGUUGCCUGUUUGACAGAGAACUCUCGAAACACAUUGCAGGGCUGUAUGACUGAACACAAACCGACCAUGCCUCUUCCAGAAACCAUGUUUUGUGCUGAGCAGAUCAGAAUCCCUCCUGAGCUACCUAAUAUUCUGAAGGAAUUCACCAAAGCUGCUAUUAGGACUCAACCUCAUGAUGUUUUGCAGUGGUCGGCUGCGUAUUUUUCAGCGUUGUCAAAAGGUGAGACCCUUCCUGUGAAGGAGAGGCUGGAAAUGCCUUUAACGAUAGAGAAAACAGAAGCUGGUUUGACCCUAGGACUCCUUAAAGUCUUGCACAAGCAGCUUUCUCCCAAAGGCAUGGUGAAUGUUGCAGAACUGAAGGAGAAAUGGAAGCACUUGUGCUUGCCAGAGGAGCAGCUACAAGCUAUCCUGCAGUUGGACGACUUCGGCGAGGAGGUGGAAUGGAUGAAGUUUCUGGCACUUGGGUGCAGUGUGCUCGGCAAGUCCUUGCUGAGUUCAAUGAAACAUGCCUGUGAAAUCUUAACAAAGGACCCAGAAGGUGGAGCAGCUCGCAUUCCCUUCGAAAUGUUCUCCUUUCUUUACUCGUAUUUGGCCAGUAUUGAUGGAGAUAUACCAAAGGAGGAAGUUGAAGUAUUCCUCCACAAAAUUAAAGAGGAAGCUGACAAACAAUCUGGCAUGGUGCUGCUCAGAAACUUCCUGAGCCAGGCCUCAACACUGUUUUGAUCAAGCCCACUCUUCAGCACCGGCUGAGAGAAUGAAAAAAAAAGGAAGAAACAAACACGUGCAAGAGAAGAAUCUGUGUUCAAAGGACUGUUAUUUGCACAUCACAGUAAAAGAGGACCCUCUCCUGGCACUUUCUUUUCUUUAUCCCACUCCUGAACUCUUCCUUCAGUGGGCCUCUCAAAUAUUAACACCUAGGGAGUGAUACUUUCUCUCACCUGUUUAUAUUGAGAAAAAGGUAUUUUGGCAUGGAUCUUCCUACCUAUACUUUGUAAGUGACCGUAAGAAAAGCAGCAAACCACAGAAUUAAACUGAGAGAAGACUUGUCA